CUGGCUGUCAUCCUCCAGCCUUUUGCACGACAACUAUCUAUGCCUGACAUUGCUCUCGUGCUAUAAAACAUUCUCACAUAUUACGAUCACAAAAAAUAAAAACGGAGACUUUCUGUCCCUCCACGUAGACAGUUUAAAGCCAAAACGCUGUUUGUUCUAGGUUUCUUUCUAGCAGUGGUAUAAACCUAGCUGCAGGGAAGAUGUGCAUAUGGCGUCUGGUUGCUUAGUGCUGGCUCAAUCAGAUUAGCUGUGUUGCUGCAGAGACAGACAAACCACAGGAACAGUUCCUGCCGUUUCUAUUUUUACAGUACAGCAUUGACGCCAUAUUUCUGACAACAUGUCAGACUCUGAAGAAGAGAGUCAAGACCGCCAGCUUAAAAUCGUGGUCAUUGGUGAUGGAGCGUCUGGAAAGACAUCUCUGGCCACCAGGUUUGCGCAGGAGGCCUUUGGGAAGCAGUACAAGCAAACAAUAGGGCUGGAUUUCUUUCUGAAGAGAAUAUCGCUGCCAGGUAACCUGAACGUGACUCUCCAGGUGUGGGAUAUCGGAGGCCAGACCAUCGGUGGCAAAAUGCUGGACAAGUACAUCUACGGCGCCCAGGGUGUGUUGCUGGUGUAUGACAUCACUAACUACCAGAGUUUUGAGAACCUGGAGGACUGGUUCGGCACACUGAAGAAGGCCAACGAGGAGGCCGAGGUGCAGCCGGUCGUGAUACUGGUCGGGAAUAAAACUGAUCUGGAGCACAUGCGGACGGUGAAGGUGGACAAGCACCAGCGCUUCUGCCAGGAGAACGGCCUCAUGAGCCACUUCGUAUCGGCAAAAACGGGAGAUGCUGUCUAUCUUUGUUUUCAGAGAGUGGCAGCUGAGAUUUUAGGUGUAAAGCUGAACAAGGCUGAGAUUGAACAGUCCCAGAGAGUGGUGAAGGCGGACAUUGUGAACUACAGCCAGGAGCCCAUGGCGCGGACUGUCAAUCCCCCACGCAGUUCCAUGUGCACGAUACAGUGACCUCCCCCUGUCUAUCCCAAAUGGUUGCCCCCCAAAUUCCCUCAAUCCUCCCGCACUCCUGAUUCCAACCUCUGUUCUACCGGCCUCCAUUGGAGAGGCAGGCUGCUCGCUCUCACAGACUGGCUUAAAGCCACAUUAAGUAAUGAUACACAUACACGCCUCCAAACAUGUGAACACCACACACACACACACACACACACACACACACACACACACACACACACACACACACACACACACACACACACACACACACACACACACACACACACUCUGAUGUGUGCUUGUAAGCACACAAUAGCGCACACUGAUGUUAGAAAGAGGACAUAAUGAUACCUGAGCAGACAACACCCAACUCUCCCAGCAUGUUGUCUUUUCAAUCAAGCAUACAUUUAACACUUGUGUUAGACACGCACAUACACACACACACACACACACACACACACACACACACACACACACACACACACACACACACACACACACACACACACACACACACACACACACACACACACGCACACACUUGUACAUGCAAGACAUGUACACACACACACACACACACACACAUAUGCAUGCACACAGUUACACACACACACACACACACAUUCACACACAUGUGCGUGCACACACAGUUGCACACAGAUACAAAGACAUAAUGAUACUUGAGCAGACACCACCCAACUGCUUCUCCUCAGCUUGUUGUCUUUUCGGCCAAGCGUGCUUUUAACACCUACAUCACACGCAUGCACGCACAUACACAUACACACACACACACACACAGUCACUUGCGUCCAUUCACACAAAAGGCUCACCUAAACACACACAUUUCCUCAUGCACCAAGCCAGUCACCCUUGAUACAUCACAUCACAGCAGCGCGUGUGUGAACACGUCUUGAGACAGCCGAGACAAUAAAACAGUGUUUGAUUUUC